AUGGCGUCCGAGCAGCAGCAACACCUCCCUAACGUGCCGAGAUGGACGCCGAGCCUGCCGCGGCGCCAGGCCCAUGGUGGCGGCGGCGACGCGCACGACGACGACGACGCGGACUCGGCGUUCGGAGGGUCCAUGCGCAGCACCGACGGGUCGUCGUUCCCCUUCGGCAGCGGCCGCUCGUUCCCGUUCCCGCUGCCCCAGCCCUCGCUGGAGAUCGGCGUGCUGCAGCUGCAGGCGGCGGCGAACGGGACGACGACAGACGGUAGCGGCGUCGACGGCCCUGUGGCCCGCGAGAAGUCGCUGCGCCGGACCGACGAAGGCGUGGUGAUAUCCUGGGAGGACCUGUGGGUGUCGGCGGCCGGCGGCAAGGUCGGCCGCGUGCCCAUCCUCUGCGGCCUCAACGGGUACGCCCGCCCCGGCGAGGUGCUCGCCAUCAUGGGCCCGUCCGGCUGCGGCAAGUCCACCCUUCUAGAUGCUUUGGCAGGAAGGCUCGGUUCUAACGUGAGCCAGAAGGGAGACAUUCUGAUCAACGGCCGGAGGCAGAAGCUAGCCUACGGGACAUCUGCGUACGUGACGCAGGACGACGUCCUGAUGACGACGCUGACGGUGCGGGAGGCGGUGCACUACUCGGCGCAGCUGCAGCUGCCGAGCGCGAUGCCGGCGUCCGCCAAGCGCGAGCGCGCGGAGGAGACGCUGCGGGAGAUGGGCCUGGAGGCGGCCGCGGACACCCGGAUCGGCGGGUGGAUGCACAAGGGCAUCAGCGGCGGGCAGCGCCGCCGCGUGAGCAUCUGCAUGGAGAUCCUCACCCGCCCGGCGCUGCUGUUCCUGGACGAGCCCACCAGCGGCCUCGACAGCGCCGCCUCGUACCACGUGGUCAACCGCAUCGCGCGCCUCGCGCGGCGGGAAGGCAUGACCGUGGUCGCCGCCGUGCACCAGCCCAGCACCGAGGUGUACGGCCUCUUCCACGGCCUCUGCCUCCUCGCCUACGGCAGGACCGUCUUCUUCUUCGGCCCCGCCGCCGAGACCAACCAGUUCUUUGCUCUGAGUGGAUUCCCCUGUCCAUCACUGAUGAACCCUUCUGACCACUUCCUGAGGACCAUCAACAAGGACUUCGACAAGGAUAUCGAAGAAGGCCUGAACGGAGAGGUCAAAAUGACCACUGCUGAAGCAAUUGACACGCUGGUGAACUCGUACGAGGCCUCAGCCUACAUGGAAAAAGUGACGAGGCAGAUAGCCGACAUACGCGAAAUUGGAGGGGCAGUGGUGAAGAAGGAAUGGCAGACGAGUUUCCUGACGCAAUCCUUGGUGCUCACCAAGAGGUCCUUCGUGAACAUGUACAGGGACCUGGGCUACUACUGGCUGCGCUUCGCCAUUUACAUCAUGCUGUGCCUUUGCGUCGGCACCGUUUUCUACGACAUCGGCCACAGCUAUGGAUCCAUCCUGGCUCGUGGCUCCUUGCUCAAUUUCGUCGCCGCUUUCCUCACCUUCAUGGCCAUCGGCGGCUUCCCGUCGUUCGUCGAGGACAUGAAGAUCUUCGGGCGGGAGAGGCUGAACGGGCACUACGGCGCGGCGUCCUUCACGAUCGCCAACACGGUGUCCGCGGCGCCGUACCUGGCGCUCAUCUCCGUGGUGCCGGGCGCCAUCGCCUACUACCUGGUGGGCCUCCAGAGCAGCUUCGGCCACUUCGCCUACUUCGCGCUGGUGCUCUUCACCACCAUGAUGGUGGUGGAGGGGCUCAUGAUGAUCGUGGCCAGCGCGGUGCCGGACUUCCUCAUGGGCAUCAUCACCGGCGCCGGCAUCCAGGGCGUCAUGAUGCUCAACGGCGGCUUCUUCCGCCUCCCCAACGACCUGCCCAAGCCCUUCUGGCGCUACCCCAUGUACUACGUCGCGUUCCACAAGUACGCCAACCAGGGGCUGUACAAGAACGAGUUCCUGGGCCUCACCUUCCCCAACAACCAGGCCGGCGGUACCGCCACCAUCUCCGGCGGGCAGAUCUUGACGGACUUCUGGCAGGUGGAGAUGGGGUACAGCAAGUGGGUCGACCUCGCCAUCCUGUGUGGGAUGGUCGUGCUCUACAGGGUGCUCUUCUUGGCCAUAGUGAAGCUCACUGAGAAGGUGAAACCCAUGAUCAAGGGAUUCAGGUUCAGGAACACCGCGCCGUCCGUGCACGUAGCCGACAAGGGCUCCGGCAGUCCAUGA